ACCCCAAUUUGAUGGAUGGUCGAGUCCCAGGAUGGCCGCCGCUGUAAAUAAGCAAGGAGCCGCAGCAUCGAUGGAGCCUUGUGUCCGACAUGGCAGGGGCACUACAAGCAAUACGGUGAAGGUGCUGGAGUGCGGAGUAUGUGAAGACGUUUUUUCACUGCAAGGAGACAAGGUGCCUCGGCUACUGCUGUGCGGUCACACCGUUUGUCAUGACUGUUUGACCCGCUUGCCCCUCCAUGGCAGGGCUGUGCGGUGUCCCUUUGAUAGACAGGCCACUGAGCUGGGGGACUCGGGUGUGUGGGGCCUGAAGAAGAACUUUGCUCUGCUAGAAUUGCUUGAACGGCUGCAGAACGGCGCCUCCAAUCAGUCAGGGAUGUCAGAGGAUGCCCUGCGAGAGAUGGGAGAGUGCAUCAUACGCUGUGAUGAGGAUGAAAGUCACACUGCUUCCAUGUACUGCACAGUGUGUGCCACACAUUUGUGUGCGGAGUGUUCCCAGCUCACACACUCUACCCGCACACUGGCCAAGCACCGACGGGUGCCACUGGCUGACAAACCGCACGAGAAGACCCUAUGUCCCCAGCACCAGGUCCAUGCCAUCGAAUUUGUCUGCUUGGAGGAGGGCUGCCAGCCAGGCCCGCUCAUGUGUUGCGUCUGUAAGGAAUAUGGCAAACAUCAAGGACAUAAGCAUGCUGUUCUGGAAGCUGAGGCGAACCAGAUCCGGGCCUCAAUUUUGGACAUGGCUCACUGUAUUCGCACGUUCACUGAGGAAGUUUCUGAAUACUCCAGGAAGCUUGUGGGCAUCGUGCAGCAGAUUGAAGGAGGUGAACAGAUUGUAGAGGAUGGUGUAGGCAUGGCCCACACAGAACAUGUUCCGGGGACAGCGGAGAAUGCCCGAUCAUGUGUGCGGGCGUAUUUCGCUGACCUACAUGAGACACUGUGUCGUCAGGAGGAGAUGGCACUCAGCGUGGUGGAUGCCCACGUAAGGGAGAGGCUGAUCUGGCUGCGGCAACAGCAGGAGGACAUGACCAUCUUGCUCUCGCAGGUGUCCACAGCCUGUCUCCACUGUGAGAAGACACUGCAGCAGGACGAUUGCAGGGUUGUUUUGGCGAAACAGGAAAUCAAUAGACUACUGGAAACUCUGCAGAAACAGCAGCAGCAGUUCACAGAAAUAGCUGACCACGUUCAACUGGAUGCAGGCAUCCCUGUCACGUUCACCAAGGACAACCGUGUACAUAUUGGGCCCAAGAUGGAAAUUCGAGUGGUGACGUUGGGCUUGGAUGGUGCUGGCAAAACAACCAUCCUCUUCAAGCUGAAACAAGAUGAGUUCAUGCAACCCAUACCAACUAUAGGUUUUAAUGUGGAAACUGUUGAGUACAAAAAUCUGAAAUUCACCAUCUGGGAUGUGGGUGGCAAGCAUAAGCUCCGGCCUCUUUGGAAGCAUUAUUACCUCAACACGCAAGCGGUUGUGUUUGUGAUUGACAGCUGUCACAGGGACAGGCUGAUGGAAGCCCACAGUGAGCUGGCCAAGCUACUGACUGAGAAAGAGCUGAGGGAUGCUCUGUUGCUCAUCUUUGCCAACAAACAGGACGUCCCUGGAGCUGUUUCAGUGGAGGAGAUGACUGAGCUACUGAGCCUACACAAACUGUGCUGUGGCCGGAGCUGGCACAUCCAGGGCUGUGAUGCACGCAGUGGUAUGGGCCUCCAUGAGGGCCUCGACUGGCUCUCACGUCAGCUCGUGGCUGCUGGGGUUCUGGAUGUGGCCUGAUGGUGUGCUUCUGCUUAUCGGGAUAGUGCAACCAAAGCAUGGCUAGCACUGAAUGAAAGCUAAUGGAGACCAGUUAGCAUGACCUUAUUGCGAUAACACACCUGCAAGCUUUCAUUCAUUUUUGGCAAUGUUAGCUUUUUUUUUUAGGGGGAGCUAUAAAGUACUUACAGUUGCAGUGUGCUCACCCUUGCUUAUGGUCUCAUGCUAACUAAACUUUCAUUUUUGUUAGCCAUGUUAGUUUUGCCAAACUAUCUCUUGGAUAGACUCAUUCAGUAGGAUCCACUUCUCUUACUCAUCUUCCAUCUUGAUCUUCCAUCAUACGGUCUGCUACUGUUAGUCUUGAUGCUUAGUGCUGUUGUGGCUAAAUGUGUUCAUAACUGGAGUUGGUUUAAGAAUUUCUUCAAAGAAACCACUGAACUGGUGCAGUUAUUUUAGCAUUAGGUCAGUUAGUCCUUAUUCUUCUUACAAACGUUAUUGUUAUUGUGAGGAACUAAGUUAGCCUUUCCUACGAGAACAAUUUGCAAAGUAAAUAAAAGUCACAUCAUGACUUCAAAACAGAUAAAACAGUCUCAUAGCAUCUGUUUUCACCUGGCCAAACAUGGCAGGGGCAGAAUAGAUAAAGCUAUUAGGUAUAUUUACCGAGGCAACACUAAGGUUAGUAAGACAGAACAAAGUUAACAAGAUCUUCAACAAAUGUGAAGUGCCUGUAGACCUCAUGGGCUACUGGAGAAACAAGAACAUCACCAGUAGUCAAAUUGGUGAGCACUAUGUGAGUUUCUGCAUUAAUGUAAUUGGCCUCCCCUUAAUUCUCUGUUAAGUCUCUGUUUGUUCCGUUUUUGUUUUUUUUUUUUUAUAAUUUGCUUUCUGAAUUCUGCUCGAGAGAAAUGAGUGAUAUUUAUUUAUUGUAGUUCAUGGUCUUGAAAAAAAACUGGUGCAUUGGUGCAGGUGUGAAUUUGCCAGGUAUGGAGUAGCAGAAAUGUCUGUUACAUGAAAUGUUGUUACUGGUUAUUUAUAUUUUUAAAAUCUAUGAUUUAUUAAUUGUUUUUAGGUGAAGUGCAGUACUGCUGUGCAGGGGGAACACAUACCAUGCCUUCUAUUAACCUUCCCUUAUGUGGAGCAGGAAAAAAAAAAAAGCUUUUAGUAGUUCACCUGUCUGUUUGCUUCAUUUUGAAUGGCUUCCUGUGAAAAUGGAUCAGACCUGCUAUUGACAUGACCUGAGAACAC